UUUAAGAAAAAUAAAACUUGUAGAAUUUUACAAAGCUUUAUAUAUUUUUUUUUAUCAAAUUCAUUAAUAACACAAUUUAUAUAUAAAAUAUAUAUUAUGACUAAUUCACAUGUUUCGAUAAAGGCUAGUGCUGCAGUGUUUUCCGCCUUGGCUAGAAAACAAAGCUUGCUUCGUGAACCAAGCAUCUACCCUGAAUUGAUUGGUUUAACCGAAAAUUUUAGGGAUUUUAAAAACAAUAACUCAUGGAUUAAAGGUCCCAUUUAUAGCGCAAUAAUACGUGUAUCAGCCAUUUUAUCGCUUCUAUCAGUUUGUAUAAACACUCCAGUAACUCUAACACAUUAUCCGUUUCUUACCUAUUUGACAUUUGGCGUGGAUAUCUUUUGUUCACUCAUAUUUACAAUUGAGCUUUUUCAAAAGUUAUCGGAAAAGAACCCUACAUUAUGCUGGAAAAAUAAAUGGACUCGUUUUGAUUUAGUUAUGGUUAUUUGUCUUUGGUCAUCACUAAUUCUACAAAUGGUGGAAAUAAUGAAAAUAGUCAAAUUUGGCAAACCAUGGUCAAUUUUAAGAUGUCCAAGACCAUUAAUAAUAAUAAGAUUGUUUAGUCCAUUGUUAAAAUUUCAACUACCUAAAAAUAGGAUCAAUCAAAUUUUCAAACGAUCAAGUCAACAAGUUUACAAUGUGACAUUAUUCUUCCUAUUUUUUAUGUCGUUAUACGCUAUGAACGGUGUUCAAUUUUUUGGUAAAAUAAAACAUCACUGCGUAACAAAUGAUACCCAGCCAGAUAGCGUCAUUACGAUAAAUUCUUUUUCGAUUCCUCAUUCGUAUUGUUCACCAAAUCCAAAUUUCGGUUAUCAUUGUCCUCGUGGAAUGAAAUGCAUGGAGUUAAAUUUACCAUAUGGUCUUGGGGGAUUUGAUGGAUUCAAUAAUUUUUUCAAUAGCUUCUUCACUGUUUAUGAGAGUGGAUCUCAAGAAGGAUGGGCUUUUAUAAUGUAUAAAAUGAUAGAUAGUUUGCCAGCUUGGAGAGCCAUACUUUACUUUGUCUCUUUAAUAUUUUUUCUUGCUUGGCUGGUGAAAAAUGUGUUUAUCGCCGUUAUCACUGAAACUUUUGCAGAAAUAAGAGUUCAAUUUCAACAAAUGUGGGGUUUUCGUGCUUCGAAUCAGUAUACUACCGUUGAUCAUCACAUUGUGAUAGUUAAUAAUCAAUGGAAAUUAGUCAAAAAUGGAAUGGAACAAAAUAGUGGAUAUGCUCCACAUAUUUUUAAAAUUGUUCUCCAUACACCUUAUUUCAACAUCGGAAUCAUAUUAUUUAUAAUAAUUGACGCUAUAAUAGCAGCGGGUAUUCUAGACAAAACCUAUUUAUUUCGACAACACAAAAAUAAAUAUCUAGCUCAAGUCGUUUUUACACUGAUAUUUGACAUUGAAGCGAUAUACAAAAUAUGGUGCAUAGGAAUUACUGGAUAUUUUAAAAGAUCAAUUUUUAAAUUUGAAUUUAUACUCGCUCUGGGCAGCACGAUACAUAUUUUACCGAUUUUUUACCAUACUCAAUUUUUCACUGUUUUUCAGGUUCUAAGAAUAGUGAGAUUAAUUAAAGCAUCUCCUAUGUUAGAAAAUUUUGUUAACAAAAUAUUUGGACCUGGAAAAAAACUUGGAAGUUUAAUAUUAUUUACCGUUUGCCUGCUUAUAAUAGCCUCAAGCAUUAGUCUUCAACUAUUUUGUUAUUUGGAUCUUAAACAAUUUAGCACCUUUCCUUAUGCUUUUAUGUCUAUGUUUCAAAUUUUAACUCAAGAAGGAUGGGUUGAAUUAUUAGAUGAAAUUUUAUGGAGUAUCGGAUCCACUUUUGCACCCUUGGUCGCAAUAUAUUUUACAUUUUAUCAUCUCUUUGUAACCUUGAUAGUCCUUUCAUUGUUUGUCGCAGUAAUUUUGGAUAAUCUUGAGCUUGAAGAAGAUAUCAAAAAAAUGAAACAACUAAAAUUGAGUGAACAAACAGCAGGCAAAGAAGCUCAAUUACCUUGGAGAUUACGAAUAUUUGACAAAUUUUCACCUCAUCCUCAACUUAUUAAACUGCACAGGAUGACCUCAGACUUUUCACUACCAAAAAUACGAGAGAGUUUCUUACGAAAAUUUAUGAUUGAUAAUUCUGAAAUAUCAAUCUUAUUAAAUCCUGUAAAAGGACUUUUUGUAAAAUGCAAUCAAGCUUCUACCAAAACUAUCCAAAUUGACAUGAACAUUAAACGUAAAGAAGAAAAAUUGUUAGGGGAAGAUAUAUUUAAAAUAACAUCAAAUGAACAAAAAGAACAGGAUGAUAUUUUUUUGCCCUAUAAGCGCUUUAAUAAACCAGCGUUUCAAACAGUUAUGGACGCUAACAUUAACAGACCAUUCUACGAUCAAGAUUCUAAUACAGUUUCCUUACGAGAUCCAUCAAUUUUGGAUGCAUUUAUCAAAAAAUACGAGGAUAUGCGAAAUACAAUAAUAAAAUUUAAUUCACCGAUGAAAGAAUUGUAUAGGGAUGGACCAUCAGAUCAAAGUUCGCAAUUAAAUCAGUCCUUUUACAACAGAGGUAGUAGGUCAAAAUAUCCAAGAAUCGGUACUUUUAAAGACAAAAAAGAAAAAAAUUUGAGGAAAAAUACACUGCAUUUAAAACAACGUAAAUAUAGAUCUGAUGAGAAAGCGGGGCUGGAAACGAACAAAUUGAAUAGAGAUGAGGCAAAUGCGAAAUCAAAAAUAUCUUUAGGCACAGGCGAAGACCGAAAUUUUGAUAUUAAAGCAUUUCAACAUAAAAAACAACAAGCCGAGAUGAAAAGAAAUUUAAAAGAAGAUGAAUUAAGAGAAAAUCAUCCUUUCUUUGAUUCGCCAUUAUUUAUUAUAGGAAGGGAUAGUAUGAUACGAAAAAAGAUAAUAACAAGAUUGGUAUAUGCGCGAUUCGAUUAUUCCCCUAAGGAUUUGUUAUCAAAAUUUAGUUUAAAAUGCCUCAAUACUUCAUUCUGUGAAAGAAUUUUCAAUCUCAUAGGUAUGGUGACUUAUUUGGAUUGGAUUAUGAUUUUAUUCACAUCCUUGUCAUGCAUCUCAUUAAUGAUGGAAACAUCAGAGAAAAGAAUUAUGAAUACCUACUUUUUGAAAAUCAAUGAUUACGUAUUUAUAAUGGCAAUGUCCGUUGAACUUUUGUUGAAGAUAACUUGUAAUGGAUUAAUUUUUACUCCUAAUGCAUAUUUAAAGGAUUUUGGAGGCUUGUUGGAUUUGUUUAUAUACAUGGUUAAUGUAUGUUUUUUAAUCUGGAUGCCAACAUCUGUCCCCCAAGCCUCUUUAGCCCAAAUGCUAAUGGUCUUUAGGGCUUUUCGACCACUUAGAAUUUUUGUUUUACUCCCCCACAUUCGAAAAGUUAUAAAGGAACUCUUUAGAGGAUUCAAAGAAAUUACAUUAGUGUCUAUAUUAUUGAUUGUCUCACUAUUUAUAUUUUCAUCUUACGGAGUUCAAUUGUAUGCAGGGAAGUUAGCUAGAUGCAAUGAUCAAUCUAUUAAAUUGAAAGUAGAGUGCAAAGGAAUUUUUUUAAAAGAAAUAUUUGUUACCAAAUUAAGAUUUCCAGAUAAAUCUCAAAAUAUUCAUCCAAAAAUAAUGGUUCCUAGAAUAUGGGCUAAUCCACGCAAUUUUAAUUUUGAUAAUGUUCAAAAUGCAAUGUUAGCCCUUUUCGAGAUACUAUCAUUUAAAGGUUGGACUGAUAUAAGAGAUAUGCUCAUCAUUCAAGUUGGACCUCUCCAUGCAAUCUAUGUUCAUAUAUUUGUAUUUGUCGCUUGUAUGAUUGGUUUGACUCUGUUUGUAGGCGUUGUAAUUGCAAAUUAUAUGGAAAACAAAGGUACUGCUUUGCUUACAGUUGAUCAACGACGAUGGUGUGAUCUUAAAGCUAGAUUAAAAAUUGCGCAACCUUUGUUUUUGCCUCCAAAACCAUCCUCCUGCUUUGGUUCUCGAUUAUAUGAUAUUACUCAAAGUAAAUAUUUUAAAAGGAUAUUUGUUUAUCUCAUCAUAUUUCAAAGCAGUUUGUUAUCAGUUAAAUGGAAUAAAGAUUCGAAAUAUAGUUUAUAUUUAGCAAUCAUUUCAUCUGUCUUCAUAUUUUUAUUUGUAAUUGAAAUAAUGAUCAAAAUCGGGGCCUUUUCAAUUAAUGGCUACUGGCAAAGCAAACGAAAUCGAUAUGAUUUUAUAAUUACUUUGAUAUCUGUCAUUUGGAUUUUCCUAUUUUUUGGAUUUAACACAGACACAUUUUACUAUAUGGGUUAUUUCGUAAUAAUUUUACGAUUUUUUUCUUUGGUUGGAAAGCAUCCUAUUCUUCAAAUGUUAAUGUUAACAGUUGUUAUGACAUUUUUUAAAUCGUUUUUUAUUAUAAUGGCGAUGUUUCUACUUAUAAUAUCAUAUGCCUUAAUUGGAGUAAUUUUAUUCGGAACCGUAAAAUAUGGUGAAAAUUUAGGGAGACAAGCUAAUUUUAAGACAGCCCCGAGAGCGAUGUUAGUAUUAUUUAGAAUUGUAACAGGAGAAGAUUGGAACAAAAUACUUCACGAUACAAUGAUUCAACCCCCUUAUUGUACACCCGCAAAAAACUAUUGGCACACUGAUUGUGGAAAUCCCACGGCUGCAUUAUUUUAUUUUUGCUCUUUUUAUGUUAUAAUCACUUACAUCGUCCUCAAUUUAUUAGUUGCCAUUAUUAUGGAAAAUUUUUCUUUAUUUUACUCAAAUGAAGAGGAUGCGCUUAUAAGUCAUACAGAUAUUAGAAAUUUUCAAAUGAUUUGGAAUAUUGUUGAUAUAAAUCAAAAAGGUGAUAUAUCUAAAUGGAAAGUAAAGUUUUUGCUUCGAUUGUUAAAAGGCCGUUUACAAGUAGAUUUGGAAAAAGAAAAAACUUUGUUUCAACAUAUGUGUUAUGAAAUUGAAAAAAUGAAUACAUUGGAAGAAGUCUCAUUUCAUGAUGUUUUAAAUGUUUUGGCCUACCGUUCAGUGGAUAUACAAAAAAGUUUACAAAUAGAAGAGCUACUUGAACGCGAGGAAUUAGAAUUUUUAAUUAGGGAAGAAGUUGCCAAACAAACUAUACGUAAAUGGUUGGAAAAAUGUUUGAUGAAAAAACGUUCGAAAAACAAAACGGAUUUACUUACAUCGAUGCGAGCUACACAAGAGUCCAUUCUAUUAGAAAAUUUACAUAAAUUAGAUAUUGGACCCUCAAAUAAACUUCAAGACCAAAUACAAGAUUAUUAUUUAUCAAACAAAAACGACAUAUUUUUAAAUACUAAUCCGAUUGUUUCAUCCUUAAUGAAUCCUUCUGCAUUUAGUUUGGAAUGCCCAUACUUUCAAAUAUUGGACAAAUCUAAAAAUUCUUCAGAUAUUAAUUUUAACAAAACUAGAAUUACCACGGCAUGUUUCAUUAAUGAAAUAUCAACGCCAAAUUAUUCACAAAAACUUAUAGAUUAUUUUUUGAUCGUGCACUCAGAACCAAAAUCUUCAAUUGAAAAAAUUACCAAUUUAAAUUUUUUUGCCAACACUCAAAUGUAAAAUUUGUUUGCCUUGAACUACGAAUCUCAUAAACAAU